AUGUCUUUUGCUCGACGAUUCGUUUCUACCGCCAGCACAAUGUCCAACGUUUACUUCGACGUCACCAUUAACGGCGCCCCCGCCGGCCGGAUCUCGUUCAAGCUGUACGACGACGUCGUGCCCAAGACCGCUGCCAACUUCCGUGCUCUCUGCACUGGCGAGAAGGGCUACGGUUACGCCGGCUCAGGAUUCCACCGUGUCAUCCCCCAGUUCAUGCUCCAGGGCGGUGACUUCACCAACCACAACGGUACCGGUGGCAAGUCCAUCUACGGUAACAAGUUCGCCGACGAGAACUUCAAGCUCCGCCACGACAAGCCGUUCCUCCUCUCCAUGGCCAACGCCGGCAAGGACACCAACGGCUCGCAGUUCUUCAUCACCACCGUUGUCACCAACUGGCUUGACGGCAAGCACGUCGUCUUCGGUGAGGUCACCCAAGGCCAGGACCUCGUCAAGAAGAUCGAGUCUCUCGGCUCGGGUUCCGGCAAGCCCUCCGCCCAGGUCCAGAUCUCGGCUGCUGGUACCGUCUAA